CGGGGUCACUCCACUCACCUACCAGCUCCAAGCGUGGGCGGGCCAACCGAAACUCCAUUUCCUGCUGCAUUGUCGACCAGUCACUGCCUAUUUACUGCUCUUCCGACGCCUUCCACAGUUUGGUGGGAACACCUUUGUACUUUCCUCUACAGUUACGUUAUCGUGCUUGCCACGCGCAAACAUCGUCAAUCUCACUUCAUAACACACAUACCACAUUCCUCAUAACACUGCACAUUUACGAUCUCCGUCCACUAUCGCUACUACGUACAGCUUUAUCACAUAUUCGUUACUCUCGCUAUCAUGGCAGACGACUGCAGCAACGACAGGUCAAACCUGUCCGGCAGCACACGUCGACUCCUCCACGAGUUUCCCUUAUCCAGUCGCUCGCUUCUCAGUCAACACGAAAACGCCGGGACCGCCGCCUCUCCCUUGAACGGUCUGGCUCAGGAGGUUCAAACGCUUGCACGGGAACUUUCACAAGGUAGAAGGCUCGAGGUGCCUGCUAGCAGCCUCAUUCCGACCUUGCCCAAGACUCCAUACAAAGAGCAGUUUGAGAAGGAGUUCGAACGAUCACCAGAGUAUGUCCAGGUCCAGCGCCAAAUCCUCAAGGCUAUCGAAAAGCACGACAUAGCUCUCACUUCCAAGGAAGCAUACAAAUGGACAAGCAACAGCGUACCCAAGGGCCAACGGCCGCAGCCACUACAAGCCCUAAGACUCUGCUACUACAUGCGCUCGCUAGGCUACGAUACCUUCGCCACCAUCAAGACAUCGUGCGAUCCAGGGAACGGAACGAAGAUAACUGCGCUCCGUCUUCUGGUCGCCAAUCCAGACAGCGAGAAGCGCGGCUUGGGUCACGAUCACUUGUACUGGGCACAGGACAUUCGUACUGGGGAAGCGGUUUCAAAAGCAUACAAGCUACGGCGUUCAUUCUGAUGGCUAGGCGUUGACAUGGACGAAGGGAGGUUGGGCACGAUGAGUGCGAUCAGGGAGUCAAGCAUCGUUUGAUCACAGUGGGUGAACAUCUUCCGACCUUGCAUGCAAGGCUCAUCUGUGUCGCUCCAACGUUGCUGGAUCCGUGUAUGUGUACUAAUCUCACUUUGUAGUCAAUCUCACA